UGGUGUUGAAAUGUACUAGUUCUGAAUCAGGAAAAGAAAUGUUUGUGUUGAUGUUACCUAAGUCAGAGAAAACCCAAUUUUUGGACUUUUGGGAUCGUUGAUAUGGAAGCAGGUUGGUUCCUACAUUAGGCCUGCUCUGACUCCGGAUGAGUUGACUCAAAUGGUAAACUGCUUGCAUUGCAUUUUUACUCUUAAGGUUUGAUUAAAUAAUGAUCAAAAACAGUUCCAAAACAACUGAUAUAUCGGUCAAAAGCCCAUAAAAGAGUAAAAUGAUAAUACAGCGCUUUAACCAGAUUCGAAAAUCGGGUUGAACGCUGAAAAAAAAGAAACUCAAAAGUUAGUCUUCCUUAAUCAGUGGAUUCUGAUUAAGAGAUUCAUCGAAAACGAAAGACUUGCGCCACAUUUCCUUCAUAUGGGGUUUUUGACUGAUGAAUUAGUAUCUUAACUUUGUAACAAAUUAAUUCGCAAACAAAUACAAAUACACUGCAAAUCCACCCAAACCAGACAACAUUCGGUAUCGGAAAUUCCCCACCAUUCGGCUCGUCGAUCCGUUGUAAACGACGGCUACUCGUUGCAUACAUACUUUGGAUAAUGUCUUGGUUUUCUUCCUUAGCCCACUUAUCGAUCAACCCAGCAGUUUGCAUACGGUGAAGGAUAUUGUUCAAGGGUUCGAUAAAAGGGAAAUAUAGAUUUGUCCUAAAUGUUGCAUAAAAUAUCGCAAAGGUUAAAUCAUCAUUCAAAUAAGAUGCUUUUAAGCCCAAACGUUUUUGCACCUCUAUCGACGCUUGACCACGAUUGUUGGAUACAGGAAUUGCAACAGUAUUAUUGAAAAGUUUGAGUUCUCUUUCAAUUUCAUCAAAAUCUAAUCGAAUUACUCUAUCAUCCCAUCCAUCAUGUUGUGAAAUAUCUUCUAAUACUCUAGUUACUACAUCCGCCCAAUAAACUUUAUUGAUCAAGAUCGGCAAUAACGAGUUGAAAAGAUCGUCGAUUGUCUUGAUUUGACGCCCGUAAAUUGGCAACGUAAGAUAGCUUUGGUAGACGGAUAAGAUGCCGUUCAUUACAAUUAAUCCCGCAAAUGUUAACGGCACUAAGACGCAAACGUCUGCACAUGGAAGUUGGUUGUAUCUGACAGUUACGUUGUCAUUCAUUAACAGAUUCCCGACGACCGCAACAUGUCGGUGAAAGUAAAUUUUGUUUGUUCGCAAAUAGCAAGAAGUGGUGAGCAGGAGUGAUGCAGCAAUGAUUGUAACAAAAAUGCAAAUGAAGAUGAGCUCCCAUGUCGCAUUUGCUAAAUAUGUCACAAUGCUCGAAUAUGGCAACGCAUGUGGAACCAUCAACAUAAAAGUAACUUUACGAUGCGGGUAGACGGGAAACAACUGCACUUCAUCGUAAAUCCCCACUUGUUGUUUCAAAAUGUCUUCGUCCAUUUUGGUUAUCGAUAGAUUUCGAUACUCUUCCGCACUUAGUUCAGUAUCCAAUUUUGAUGCAUUAAAAGCGACCGUAAUAGAGCGACAAAAUUCCUCCUCAAGAUGACUAACAGCAGCGUUAUUUAUGAUUCCAAACCGUAAUGGAUGCCCGCGAAAAUUUGGUACGCUGUCGGAAAAAUAAUUCUGAAAUGACUUGCUACCGUCAACGGUCGUAACUUUGAACACUAUCAGAACUUUGAACGAAAAAUUAAAACGAAAUUUGAUGUCUCAUAUCUUGUAAAUAAAAAUUAAUUUUCAAAAAACCUUUCAUUCAAAUUGUUGGUUGAAAGUCAGUUGCAGCAAAUUAACAAUAAUAAUCAAAAACCUAAGCAACCGAGAAUUUUAUAAUUCAAAAAUUGAUUGGCGCGGUCAUAUCGGUUCCGUACGUUGUUCGCAAAGAGACCAUUUUUUUUAAAUACUUUUCGGAUGUAUUUCAUUAAAAUUCUUUUUGAGAUGUGUUCAGUAAACAUUAAAAUCAAUUGCGACUGGAAAUAAUUAAAUUUUUCGUCCUCGUUAGUGUUAUAAAGUAAAGUAAGUUGGAUGCCUACACAAAACACGCAAAUUUUUCAAAACUUUGAACAGAUACAAAUCGACCUUAUUUCCAGCACGCAAUGCCUAGUCAUAAAAAACCCAACGAUCGUAUGAUUCGUCGAUACAAGAAUUACUCCGAUGAAUUUCUAUCCAAGAUCAUCACCGAGAUUGCAAAUGGCAAGAUCACCCUAAACAAAGCGUCGAAGAAAUACGGCAUUUCGAAAGGAACUCUGAGUCACAAAAUCAACAAGAAACACGUCAGAAGCGUUGGACGUUCUCGGCUGUUGUCAUUGAUGGAAGAGAAGAUCAUCGUCAAGCAUGUGGUUACCGUGUCCGAAUGGGGCUUCCCAUUCACUCAAAUGGACUUAUGCCAACUGACCAAGUUAUAUUUGAACAAGUCGAACCGGCAGGUCUCUCAGUUCAAAGACAAUAUGCCUAGCGUACAAUGGGCUCGGCGGUUCCUUAAAGCAUACAAAUUGGACGUCAGUUUGAAAUAUUGUCAGAACAUUAAACGAAGUAAAGCUGGGUUGACAGAAGAAGCUAUGGAGCAGUAUUUCAACAAUUUGAAGGAGACUCUGACCAACGACGAUGGAACAAUGAUACCCCCUGAAAAUGUCUACAAUUACGACGAAACCAAUUUAUCGGAUGAUCCCGGAGUGAAAAAAUGUAUUUUCAAGCGCGGUGUCAAGUAUCCAGAGCGCAUUUGUGAUACUAGCAAGGCCAGCACCUCUAUAAUGUUCUGUGGAAGUGCCACUGGCAAGAUGCUUCCUCCAUACGUCGUUUACAAGGCCAAACACCUGUACCCUACUUGGAUGGAAGGUGGUCCACCGGAUACGAGAUACAACCGAAGUAAGUCAGGAUGGUUCGACGCUGCCAUAUUCGCUGAUUGGUUCGCCAGUAUGUUCGUUCCUUUCGUACGAAAGCAAAAACACAUCGGCAAGGUAGUUGUGAUCGGUGACAAUUUGACCAGCCAUUUCUCGGCAGAAGUUCUGUCAUUAUGUGAGAGCAAUAAGAUUGCUUUCGUUUGUCUUCCGACUAACUCAACGCACAUGACGCAGCCAUUGGAUGUGGCAUUUUAUGGUCCACUAAAGAAAUCAUGGCGUGGAAUUUUGGAUGAGUGGAAGAAAGGUCUGCAAAAGAAGUCUCAAACAGUCACGAAGGAAUCGUUUCCCGGACUCCUCAAAAAACUGCACGAACACGUUACAAACAACGACACCUCUUCCAAAAAUUUGGUCGCUGGAUUUAAGAAGUGCGGUAUUUAUCCGUUGAAUCCAUCCGAAGUCAUUGACAGAUUGCCGAAAUACAGUGAAGCCGAGAAUAUUUCUGAGAAUGUGUCGAUGGCUGUUAUGGACAUGCUUCAAGAUUUGCGGAAUGGUGUUUGUAAACAAACGAAAGCGAAGCGACGAAAAAUCGAUGUACAGCCUGGAAAAAGUGUCAGCCUCGAGGAUAUAUUGCUGAAUCAGACUGUUGACAUUCAGGCAUCAACUGGCGAAAUCGAAUCGAACGGUGACAAUGAAGAUUUGGAUGGAAACAUAUUGGAAGAAUCUGACAGCGACGAGGACAAUGUUCGGACGACCGCAAGAAAAUCGGCAAAGAGUAAAACGCCUCGGAAAGUUAAACGCAAAACAAUUGGAGUUCUGAAACCCAAAACGAAGCCACCAAAGGCAAAAUCGAAACCAAAAAAGUCUUCCAAGGAUGAUACAAGCGGCCGCGAUACCCUACCACUAUCGUCGAUCACUGCAGAGUCCAAGUUCCAUUCAAUUAAUGCUGGUGCCUUUUCAAGUGUCUCAAAAGAUGCAAACAAAACUUCAACGGGAGAAAACGGUAUCAGCGCUGCGACAGGUUCUGUACAAAAUCUGCAACCUUUCGACUUCGUCAUCGUUGAAUUUUUUGUUCCACAAACUAAACGCUUCAAACACUUCAUCGCGAAAGUGGUUCAGGUUAAUUCUGACUUCCACAAGGUUAUAUUUUUGCAGCAUCACAAGUCACGAUUCUUCUGGCCAGAUUUCUUAGAAGAACGAAAUAUUUUAACAAGCCAGGUGCGCAAAACGUUGACAGCGCCGGUGCAGAAAGGGGAAGACAUUGUGUUCAAUAAGGUUGAAAUUUUGGACUUCAAUUUUAAAUAGAUUGAUCACGCCUGUUAUAUUGAAUAACUUGUAUGGUAAAAAAAUGAUACUCCCCUCAAUAUAGGGGAAAUUGUAUGGACUUAAAGAAAAAUGAUACUCCCCUCAAUAGAGGGGAAAUUGUAUG